UGGAUUUGUGUGCUGCUCGCGUGAGGACGUGCUAUAACAGCCGCCGUACACUAAUCGGAAAACGCAAUCAAACUCGCAAUCGCAUUCGCAUUCACAGUCGCAGUCGCAGUCGCAGUCGUAUUCAUAGUACGAGACUCGUACUUCGGUGUUGUUGUUGUUGUCGCUUGUCGUUGCUCUUGGCCAGAUCUAUGUAGGGCCAGAGCCUGCUUCGCUAUCGGCGCGAUCUUCGUGCGACAGCAGCGCCAAUAACAUCGAACGUUCUCUUCAGUUUGCAUUGCGUUGUGUUGCCCUUCGGCUUCAUCUUAGCAUAAAGUGAAAUAUUAUAUUUUAAUUUCGUGCUCUGUCCCCCCCCUCCGAUCUCCUCUGAACGAAAACCCCCGCCCCCGCCCAUCCCCCUCUCUCAAGCGGUAGCGUACGUGUGCGUGUGCGUGUGUGUGCCAUCUGUAUCCCCAAUCGCCCCGCCAUCCGUGGCCAUAUUCUUAUGCUCUUGCUGUUUUCGUUCUUUUUUUCCCCGAUUUUUGUUUAUGUGCCAAACUAGUUUCGAGUUAAUUGAAUUUUUUGCCUUGCCGACGGUGCAGCUAAUUUGCAAAUGCUGUUUGAUCGGCUCUUGCAGCUAAGAAUCGCCUCUUGUUCUCAAGAGUCACCAACAACAGCCGCAGCCGCAGCCGCAGCAGCAGCAGCCGCAGUAGCAGGAGACGAGCCAAAAGCAUUCAAAAAAGCCAAUAUCCGAUCAAUGGAUGAAGCCAUUAAAUAAUUUUGUAUACUGAAUAGACAAUAUUUGCCAAAUAAUUUAAACAACAAUUCAAUAAAGUUAUUCAAUAAUUUUUCAAGUGCCAUAUAAAUAGUAAGUGAGAGCGAGAGAGAGAGAGGAAGAAUAAUCUUAUGUAAAAGUAGCGCAUUAAAAAAACGGAAAACGGCAAAAAAAAGACUAAUCACAUAAAUUGUAAACUCGGAAUCAAACCAAAAGUCCACUGGGAGCUGAGCAGUGACACCGCAAGCAUUCGGCAGCGGAUCGACAACAAUUGCGACACGAACAACAAAUGCCAAACUGUCAAAAUAUCAAAUGCAACGGCAGCCACAGCAGAGGCCGAGUUUUUAAUACCCUGGAGAGAUCGGCUGACAUCCCUAAAUGCAUUCAAUUUAAUUACGCAUUUUAAUUGCACUGGAUAUAGUCUAUAGACGGCCGGGCACCUGGAACUCCCACAGCGUCUAAUUUGCCUUCGCUGUGGGCCGGAGCUUUAUUAAUUUCUGCGCCUAGCGAGUGGAGCAUCAGGCGGCAACAUGUGCCAUGGAGAGCCUGGGCCUGGGCAGCAGACGCAACAAUCACACCACCAGCACCACCACCGCCACCAACAGCAGCAGCGGCAGCGGCAGCGGCAGCAGCACCAACAACAACAACAACGGCAACAGCAACAGCAGCGGUGGCGGCAGCAGCAGCAACAGCAGCAGCCAUCAUCCCAGCCAUGCCCAUCAUCUGGCCAAGCUGCACGUGCACUCGCACACCCACACAAAGCUAAAGCAGCAUCAGCACACGCAUCAGCACUCUCACUCGCACUCGCACUCGCAUCAGCCCGCCAAUCAGAACUAUUACACGCAGCAACAGACACAGCUGCAGCGGCUCAAGCAGCAGCAAAAGCUGCAGCAGCAACAACAACAGCAACAACAGCAACAACAGCAGCAGCAGCAGCUGGAGGGCAUCCAUGGCCUGCGCAAAGGCCUCUGCUUGGGAGUAAACGUGGCCGCGGCUAAGCAGAGCGCCGGCUGCCUGCAGUUCCCGCCGCCGCCGGACUAUCCGCCGCCGGCUGCCACUAGUCCACUGCACAAGUCCGCCGGCAGCUCGCCCAUCGCCGUGGCGGCCAUUGUCAGCAGCAGCCUGGGCAGCGGUGCGACCGGCAGUGGGGCAGGGAGCGGCAUCGCUGUCAACGGGAACGGGCGGCGGCAGCUGCUGCCGCGCUACCCCGAUCCCGAUCCGGACGCCAUCGAGAUAUGCAACGAGCAGCAGGACGCCUCGCCCCACCAUCAUCUCAGCCAGCUGGCGCGCCAGAGCAAGACGCUGGGCCGCGAGGGCAGCGACUCGGCGGCGGUCAAAUGGAACGCGCUGCAGCAGGCGGCCAGCCUCAGCCACAUGCACCACCAGCAGCACGACUACUCGUAUGCGUACUACGAGCCGGGCGCCGCCAUGCGCCACUCCAAUGUGCCCAAGCCGGACGGCGCGGCGAACGGCGGCGUCGCGGGCGCCGGCGGCAGCUGCUGCGGCGGCGCACAGGCGGCACAGGCCGCAGAGACGGGUCCGCCGCCGCCGCCCAACUCGAUACGCGCGCUGCUUUCCAAGGGCAAGAAGAACAAGCAGCUGGUGUCGCCGGCGACGCUGCAGUCCUACCAGACGCGCUACCACAAGGUGACCGCCAGCACGAGCAGCCAGAGCGAGAAUUUCUACGAGGAGAUCAAUGCGGCUGCGCUGCAGUCGACGGCGACCGGCAGGAAGGCGACGCAGCAGCUGCAGCUGAAGCAGCAGCAGCAGCAGCAGCCAUUGGGCUGCGCCGUCGGCUCGCACUCGGCGGGCUCGCUCAACCAGACGCUGGUCGAGGAGGAGCUGCGCCGCGUGCAGCAUCGGCAUCACAAGAUCCUGGGCGAGCUGAACCUGAGCGUGGAGGCCAUGCUGAUGCCCGAGAGUCCGCCCAAGUGCAGUCCGCCAGCUGCCCCGGCGGCGGCCGCAUGCGCCUCCGGCACGCCGCCCAAGCCCAGCCCGACGGUGUGCGUGACGGCGACCAGCGGGCAGCCGGCCGUGCUGGCCAGGCUCACCUCCACCUCGGCGGACAAUAUCUGUGAUAGCAGCGACGCGGCCGGCAUCGAGCAGCUGCUGGCGACGCUGAAGGGCGCGCAUCCGCACAACGCCCUGGCGGCCGCCUGCGACCUGGACAGCGGCUUCAGCGGCAGCAGCGGCGCCAGCUACAUCGGCAGCCUGCGGCUGAGCAAGACGCAUCACAUCAAGUGCGCCCGCCAAACGCCCACGGCGUCCGCCGCCUAUGCCACACAGAGCUGUCGCUCCUUUCAGCGGGCCACCGCCUACGACGAGGCGGCGAUCAGCGGCAGCUCCGCCUCCAAUUGCAGCUUCCUGGCGCGCGCCUCCUGCGGCCGGCGCAUACUCAGCUGCGCUCGCAUCCGCGCCGCCGAAGACCCAGGACCCAGCGUGCCCACCGAGUCGAAGGCGCGCAGCUUCUGGAAUCGCAAGGGAUGGCGCAAGCUGCCCGGCUUCUCCACAUCCACCUCAAGCAUCAACGACGCGGGUCUCUCAGAUGAAAACAAACUAAACUCCAGCUCAUGGGAGGAUACAUUGACAGAGCCGCAAGAACAGCAUCCACAGUCACAGGCGCAGUCACAGUCGCAGCUGCCGUUGCAAUCGCACUCGGAGUCACUGUCGGUGGCACAACCUCAGCCACAGGCACAGCAUCAGACAUCGUCGUUCAUCACAGCGCCAGGUCAGGGGGCCGGCAGCCAGAAGGCGAGCUUGACCACAGCUCAAUUGCAGAGCGCGUUUAGCCGGCGCAUUGCGGAGCAGCAGCAGCAGCGGGCAAAGGGCGGCCAGAUCAGCCAGCAGGCAGACAGCGCCACAAUUGCCGGCGGAAGCUUCAGCGCCAACGGUGGCCAGGCUGCCGUUGGUGUUGGUGUCGUUGGUGUCGGUGUUGGCAGCAGCGCGAGCAGCAGCAGCGAGCGGGACACCAAGUCGCCGGGACGCGAGCGACGCGAGCCGCCCACAGCGAACCACUCCGACGAGGAGAACUUCACCGAGGAGGAGCAGACCAGCAGCAGCGUGAGUUCAUUAAGCGCCGGCAACCAACGCAAUUCGCAAUUGCGUUCCACCUUCAACAAGGCCAAGCAGCAUUUGUCGUUUGACAAAUGGCGCACGGCUGCUUCGGCGAGCUCCUCUAGCGCCACUCCGAACCCACUCAGCGGCCAGCCGCAGUGCAGCCAGAGCGCCAGCCAGAACAGCAGCCGCGACAGCAACAUGAUUAUGCGACGGGCCAGCGCCUGCACGAUGCCCACCGGCUCGGGGGCGGCAGGCGGGGUGUCCCAGCGCGAGGAUAAUACGGCGCCCGGCGAAUCGCCGGGCGGACGGCUGUCGCGCUGGUUCUCCAUACGGCGCGGCUCCUCACACCAGUACGAUGUGGGCGGGCGCGAUGGACGCCAGCUGACCGGCUCCAGCUUCGAUAUGCCGGAUGCCUCGGCCUCGGCCCCUGCCGCACCGAAGCCAACGACAGCGAACGCGACGCUGGACGCCGCCUCGCCACAGAAGCUGGCCAAUUUGGGCGCCAGCAAGAUGAUGCCGGGCGUGCCCGAGUACGAGGACGAUGAGAACCUGGCGCCGGAGAGCAAUCGCUUCGACAUGGACCUGAUGAUACCGCCGGGCAGCCGGGCCAACGGCACCGCCCGCACCACCCACAGCCGAAUCAUAGUGCCAAUGCUGCCGCCGGCACCGCCCGGCCUCUCCCAGCAGCAGCUCAAGCGACGCCACAUCGUGGCCGCCAUCGUGCACAGCGAGAACUCCUACGUGGCCACGCUGCAACGUCUAGUCAAUGAUUACAAGAAGCCUCUGGAGGAGUGCAGUCCGCCGGUGCUGAAUCCGGUCAAGAUCGCAACGCUGUUCCACUGCUUGCCGGACAUUCUGCACUCGCACAAGCUGUUCCGCAUCUCGUUGGCUGAGUGUGUGCGCAACUGGGAUCGCGACGAGAAGAUCGGCGACUGCUUUGUCAGUGCAUUCGGCAAGCCGCAGCUGCUGGAGAUUUACUCGGGCUUUAUCAACAACUUUUCGGCUGCCAUGGAGCUGGCCAAAAUGGAGGAGAAGCGCAAGUCGGCGCUGGCCGACUUCUUCAAGGUCAAGCAGAUCAGCGCCCACGAUCGCCUAUCCUUCUUCGGGCUGAUGGUGAAGCCCGUGCAGCGCUUUCCCCAGUUCAUACUGUUUCUGCAGGACCUGCUCAAGUACACGCCGCAGGGCCACCACGAUCGCAUGUCCCUGCAGCUGGCGCUCUCCCAGCUGGAGCUGCUCGCCGAGCUGCUGAACGAGAGCAAGCGCGUGGCGGAGCAGUACCAGGCCUUCAAGGAGAUGCUCGGCCACAUUAGCGGCACGUUCAACACGCGCUCCCUCAACAGCGUCAGCGACAGCUGCGGCAAUCGGGCGCGCUAUCUGCUGCGCGAGGACAAUGUCACCCACAUGGAGUUCAACCAGGCCGGCUUCAUUGUCAAGUGCAAGCAGCGACGCCUGCUGCUGCUCAACGACAAGGUCAUCUGCGUGUCCGUGGCGCCCAAGCAGUCGCACGACUUCGGCGCCACCGAAAAGCUCACCUUCAAAUGGAUGUUUCCGGUCAACGAUGUCGAGAUCGUGGACAACAGCGCAUCGGCAACACUCUCGAGAAUACUAACAGCAGGCUUAAAUCGGGGCGGCAGUCUCAAGUCGAACGGCAGCAGCGGCAACGCCAACAGCGCCGGCGGCUAUGCCAAUGCAACGCUUGGCGGUCACGGCCAUGGCCAGGCUGGGCUGACUGGCUUGGGCUCACCGUUUGCCGCAGUGGAUGCGCACAGCUCGCCAGCCGUGCAGCUCACGAACGGAGCGGAUAAUCUGUGCAACGAGAUGAGCACACUGAUGUACGACUACGAGGUUAUAUCACGCAUACACGACCUGGUCGGCACCCUGAAAGGCAGCUACAAGGAGCUGAACUUAAAUACUACACGCAACGUGCUCAACACCAUACAGGGCUCCAUACAGCGCAAGGACGAGGAGAUGGCCUGGGUGGACUCCUGCUGCCUGCAGCUGAUUGGCCGCCACAAGUCCGGCAAGGAGGAGACCUUCACUUUCCAGACUCAGACGCCGAAUGUGAAGAAGGAAUGGAUCACCGAACUGAGACUCGCCCAGCUAGCGCUCGAUCCGAACAAUUCGCCCGCCUGGGAGCGGUCAGUCUCCCAGCCCCACCAUGCGCAUCACCAACAUCCCAAUGCCUCACAGUCGCCCGGCAGUCCUCAGGCCACGCUGCACACCUACGAGCAACAGCAGCUGCAGGAAGCUGUGCAACAGAAGCAGUCGCGUAAGAUGCCACUAUUUGUCAAGGCGAUGCCCGUCUACCGAUCACAGCAUCAAACGGAGGUGCGCUGUGGAUGCUACUACAGCAUCGCCAAUGACACUAAGCAGAGCGGCAACGCGCGACGCCGGCACAAGCAGCUGAACUAUCUCUGGAUGUGCAGCAGCGAUGGCACAUCGUCGCACAUCACCGUGCUGGCCCAGCACCCGCAGCAGGCGGGCAAUUUGCGCGAGGCGGGCUCCUUCGACUUGGUGGAGACGCAAGUGUCGGCAAUGGAGUUCGUAAAGGGCCUGGACCAGUGCCGCACGCGCGAGGAGCACAGCAGCCUGCUGGGCGAUCUCGUCUGGCUCGGCACGGACAGCCGCAAGCUGCUCAUUUACUCGGCGCGCAAUCCGGAGCAGGAGGAGCAGCUGGGUAGCUAUGCGGUGCCGGGUGCCGUGCAGCGCAUUCUGUACCACUUCGAUGCCGUCUACGUGUCGCUCUCGAACGCGACCGUCUUGAUCUACAGGCGCGCCCACGACGGCGUCUGGCAGCUGCGCGACCCGCAGCAUGUCUCGCUCGGCGACUCUGGCAUGCCCGUGCCCAGCAUGCUGCCCAUCAACAUGAACAUCUACGCAUCGUGCGGCAAUAGGGUGUAUGUGCUCAAUGCCCUCAACGGCGAGCUGCAGCGCAGCUUCGAGGUGCAGCACGGCGCCAGCCAGCAGGUGAACCUGAUGGCGCACUCGGGCAUCGGCCUCUGGAUAUCGCUGAAGAACUCGACAAUGCUCUGCCUCUACCACACGGAGACCUUCAAGCACUUGCAGGACAUCAACAUAGCGUCCAGCGUGCUGCGCUACGAUGCCAAAAAGGAGCAGCCGCUGAACAACAGCUCCAUCUAUGUGACGGCUCUGAUGGCCUGCAAGGGCCUGCUGUGGGUGGGCACGAAUGUGGGCAUCGCUGUCACCAUACCGCUGCCCCGGCUGGAGGGCGUGCCCAUCAUCAGUGGUGGCAUUAAUAUGUCCUGUCACGCCCACUUUGGCCCGAUCACCUUCCUCCUGCCACUGAUACCGAAAGUCUAUCCGACCUACAAGCCAAUGGCCGGCGCAACGGUGUCAGCUCCGCUGGUGCCCACUGUGCCGAGCAUGGGCGAGGAUCUGCAGCUGCCCGCCAUCGAUGCGGAUCCCAAGAAGCUAACCGAAACGGACCUGGAGGAGAGCACAGUCAUCUUGCGCCGUGAUCUACCCAAAGAGGAGCAUGGCUCUACUUCGAACUCUCAGCCUGGCACUGGCUCCGGCCCGACGACUCCUGCCGCUUCCUUGCUGCGGGAACCGAGCGUCGAGGCAGCAGCAGACUCCAAUGUGGCCACGAGCAGCGUCUCGGCCGCCUCCUCGCCGCGCUGCUCCAAGCUGGACAAGCAACACUCACUGGACCAAAGCUUCACCGCCAAGAUACGCGCCUCGCUCGCCAACUCGCCCGCAUUCCAUCGCAAACGCUUUCGGGACCUGGGCGCUGGCAGCGGCAGUGGCAGCGGCAGCGCUGACUCAACUUCUCGCAUGUCCAAGACUUUGCCGCGCGGCCUUGGAUCUGCCGCAGCGGCAGCAGCCAACGGAGGCGGAGGACUGCAUUCAGGCGCGGGCGCGCUGUCGCAGCACGGCGAGCACGGCUACUGCGAUGUGUACGGGCUGUAUGGCAAGCUGAUCUUCGUGAAGGAGAACUACGAUGCCGAGGAGGGCACGCAGGGCAACCUGAUGGACAUGAUGUACGAGGGCAUGCGUCGCUCCGAUCCCGAGCUGGCCGCCAUACCCGGCAAGGUGUGCACCCUGGACAGGCGUCUGCGCAUGAAGGCUUCGCGACCGCGCUCGCUCGACCUCUCCAACUGGUCGGUGGACUCGAAGUCGUCCAGCCUGUACACAUCGUCGGGCAGCGAGGAGAGCAUGGGCAUCCGGCUCUUUGGCGGACGCUCGGUGUCGCGCAACAGCAGCAGCGCCAGCCACAAGACCUCCGGCACGGGCAGCGACCUGGGCAACAUCUCGGAGAACGGCCUGAUGACCACCGCCGACAUACACCAUCAGCACCAGUCGAACAGCGCGCCCAAGUCCGAGGACGGCUUCAAGCACAUGCAGGCGGCGGCCGCCACGGACAAGCAGGCAGCACCAGCCGCUGUUGCCACACUGAAGCGCAAGCAGAAGCAGAACUCGAAGCAGCAGCAGCAGCAGAACGCGGACGGGCCACGUACAGUGAUCACCCUGAUGGGAGGGCGCGGCUACUGGCGGCAUGUCUGGUACAACAGCAGCGGCAACUCGCCCGGCCAGAAGGGCGGCUCCGGUGUUUGCGGCACGGCUGGUGGCGGUGGCUCGGGCUCUGGCGGCGGUGGCAGCUCCGGCAGCUUUUCGCCGCUGACCGCCAACUCCAACGACGCGCAUAUCGUGGUGUGGGAGAAGAAGUUAUAAUCUCAGGAGUUGAUGUGCUGCUGCACUCUGCAGCAGCACCCCCACCAGCACCAUCCACCCCUGACGGACCUCUGGCGGCGCGUGGCCGAGCAGCGUCGCAGCCGCGUCCGGUUCCGUGGCACGUUCACGCAACGCGAUCGCGAGCGCAGCAACCUGGGUCUGGGCAGCGCCACCUGGCGGUCGGAUGGCGAGCGUCUAGCGGCGAGCGGCUCCAGCGGCAUGCUCAGCGCCAGCCUGAAGCGGCUCACCAAGCUGAAGCGCGGCGGCAGCCUGAAGGAGUUCUAAGCGGAGUGAAUCCACAGCUUGUUGCAGCAAAGCAUCGUUUGCCAAAUGUAUAUAUCAAUAAUCAUCUCAUGUGUACUUUAUAGUGUAUAGGCUAGGCUUAGACACGAGCUUGGGGCUGGGCAGAUGGCCUGGCUAGCUUGAAGCAUAUAUAUAUAUUUGUUUAUUCACCUUCAUAUAUCGAAUAUAUACAUAUAUGUACUUGGCUAAUCUUUGAGCAAGAAGGAACUGCGCCUUAUUACAAUUUUUUUUCGCGUCGCUCUUUUUUUUUUUUUUUUUUUUU